CCUCAACUCGAGCAAUCCCAAUGCGGAAAUACUUUUUUUAUCGGUGCAUCAAAAGAAAAAUUUUAAAACAGAGGACACCGUAUGAAAUAGCAGCGGUAAAAACGGAGCUACUACGUAGGAGUUAGAUCCCACUGAAAAUGACAGCUAAGAGAAAGCCAGCUAAACAGUCGGGACCUUUUGGAGGAAACAAAAGGAAACCUCCAUCAGAGAUUUUGCGCCCCGGAGUUGGAGGAUUACCCGCCAAACCGGUAUUUUCACAUAAUGAUGUCAGAGCAGACAAACAUAAAGACACUAGAAACCUGUCAGGAGUUACAAAUGCAAUCAGCACAGACACAGCGAACUAUAGAAGGCCCAAUAAUGGGUCGUUUGAAAUGUUUCCAGGAAUGAUAGUUGAUCUGGCCAGAGAAAAUGAAGCCAACAAUAAUUCGAAUACAAGUAACAUACCCCAACCAUCUGCGGAAGCACUAAAUUUGUUUAGUUCGAUAUUGGGAACGCUGCAAUCAUCUCCACAACAGCAGGAACGUACACAGGUACAACAGCCUCCGGUUAUGCCACAGACACUACCACAGACGCAGCAGCAUACACAGCAGCAGUUUGUUCAACCAUUUCCACAGCAAUACCAGUAUCCACCACAAUAUAACCCUAAUCCUUAUCUGGCCUCACCUCAAAAUCAGCAAGAGUACGUUCAGAAUCCAGUAUCGCCAUAUCAGUAUCCGCAAAACUACAAUCAGCCAACUUAUCAGAAUUAUCCACUGUUGAAUCAACCGACUCAGCCGGUGCAGUCGAAAUUCGAUGGUGGAAACCAACAAAGUAAUGCUUUUCUCUCAAUGUUCAAUCAGUUACUUGAAUCAUACUCUUCUUCAUCGAACCGCUCAUUGAUGAAAAAUUCUAAUGUCAAUGACAGUGUAACAAGCCAGCAUCAAAAAAAUGAUAGACCUCAGAAACCGGCAAAGAGUGACCAAGGUAAGCAGAAAAAAAACAAAAAACUUGAGCAAAUUGAGAUUAAAGACGAUAAUGGCUCCGAUGACGACUUGCUUGCUGAUGAAGAAGUUGAGCUGGAGAAAAAAAUUGCAGUUCAAGGAACAAAUAUUGUACUUGAAAAUGAAGAAGACAUACAAAAGUGGAUUGAGGAGAGGAAAAAGAACUGGCCAACUAAUAGUAGAGUAGAAGAAAAAAGGAAGGAACUUGAGAAUGCUAAGAGAAUUGUGGAAACUAUUAAUAACCAGACCCAACCUGAUGAAAAAAGUACACAAAAGGUAAAAAUGUGCAACUUCUGGUUAAGGACUAAAAAGUGUAGACUUGGAAAAGAUUGUAAGUUCUCACAUGACAUGUCUAACUAUUCUAAGCCUAAAAAUAGCAAUGGUAAACCAAGGACAAAAACCUUAUCUACAAAACCAUUACCAAAUCAUAAGCUUAAACUCAUUCAUGGGAUUCCGGUUCAAAUACCAUCUAGAUUUACUCCAUUGACAAAUGAAGGAAAAUCAUUACACAAUUUAUUGAUGGAAGGAGAGCGUUUCCAAAAUGAAAACGUUGAAUUGCUCGGGCUAUUUACAAGAUUAGUGACCUGCGGGAUCAUCAGACAGGACUGGAAUGGGUUGAAAAAGAAACUAAAAUUGGACGGCGAAUCUUUAACUUCGAGUUGAUCGGAUUUACUUUUGAACGUCGGUACGUAUCUGCUAUCAAGCUCAUCUAUAAAAAUCAAAAUUUUAUAAAAAAAACUUGGAAAUGAUUAAAAUUACAUUGAAUGCAUCAAAUAGAGAUGCGUUAUUACAUGC